GUUUUGUGGAGCUAGUUGUGUCUGCAGAAGGUGCGACAGAAAUGUCUAGUACUUUGAACUUUAGGUGGUGAGCGUUUUGUCGGCGUUAGUUUAUAUGGCCCUUGUGGUGCUUCUUUAAGAUAAAUCGUUGUAUGCUUAUACUGAUAUUGAAAACGAAACUUUGAGUUGGUAAUUAUUGCUGUUGAUUGAGAUCAGCAUGGCUGUAGUCGUCCGCUUGGUUGGGCUCCCAGUUAGUGCUGGGGCACGAGAUAUUCGCCAUUUCUUCACAGGACUGUCUAUUCCUGAUGGUGGAGUGCACAUAAUUGGUGGAGAAGAAGGGGAGGCUUUCAUUAGAUUUGAAAGUAGUAAAGAUGCACGACGUGCUCUUAGCCGUUCAGAAGGAAUUGUUCAAGGGGCAAAAAUGCUUCUUUACCCAAGCAGUGAAUCCGAGCUGGAAUAUGCAGUACAAUCGAGUCGCAGACAUGUGGAGCGUGCAGAAAAAGAUCCCUCUAAAAAAUCUGGAGUUAGUAAUGCUGAAGUAGAGGAUAAACUGUCGACUAUAGUUGCAGCAAUUAAGCAUGGCAUAAGUAAGACUAGUUAUGGUAAUUCGUACCCAGACACUGGUUUAAGUAGUAGCAGCUCAAGGUAUUCUUCAGCUAAGUCGGGACAUGACCAAUCAAGAAAGGACUCCGUUAAAGUAACAAAGGCGGGCUAUUUAUGGUUACUCGGCAUGCCAUACUCUGUCACAGAAACUGAAAUCAAGGAGUUUUUUCAUGGACUGCAUGUCGGUGGCAUUAUGAUGCUUAAAGAUCAUGUGGGUCGCAAUAACGGAAAGGGUUUAGUUAAAUUUGAUACUGCUGAAGAUACUGUGGAAGGACUCAAACGUCACAAACAAUAUAUAGGGAACAGAUUUGUGGAGAUAUUUUUAGCUUCUGAAGAAGACUGGGUACUUGAAGGUGGUACUGUUGAGUCUGCUGUAUAUGAUGAUUAUUCAAGGAAACGACAUAGAUCUCCUCGUAUGUCUCGUAGCUAUAGAAGGUCUUCAAGUCUUUCAAGGUCACGAUCACCCAGGAGAUACAGGUCUCGGUCCCGUUCCCGGUCACCCAGGAGAUACAGAUCUCGAUCUCGUUCCCUUAAUGAAGACUAUACUGUUCAUUUGAAAAAUUUAUCCUAUAGUAUUGAUAGGAGGGAUGUAAUGAAAUUCUUCAAAGUUAAAAACCUAGCAGAGGAUCAGAUAAAGUUUAUAUAUGACCACAAAAAUAACAGAACAAGGGAGGCUUUUGUAGAGUUUAAACAUAAAGAUGAUUAUGUUGAAGCACUUCGUCAUCACAAGGAUAUGCUUGCCACUCGUCCUGCUUUUGUAUUUCCUAAAGCAAAAACAGCAAUGUUGGAGUUGGUUAGGUUUGGGUUUAAACUGGAAAAAACAGAUUACAGGGAUAGAGAGAGGAGCGGUUCACAUGAAAAGUUUCAUUCAGAUGAAAAAAACUGCAUAUAUGUUAGAAACCUUCCAUGUGAUGCCACUAAAGAGGAUGUGCGAAAACUGUUUGAUGAAUUUGAACUUGCAAGUAGUGACAUUCAUUUACUUGUUGACAGUGCUGGAAUUGGGCUGGGAGAGGCAGUAGUGAAAUUUAAAUCUGAAAAGCUUGCAAUCGAAGCUGAGUUGUUGUAUAAUCGUCGAAUUUUCUUGGGGACAGAAGUAUUGCUUCGAUUGAUUACUGAACAGCAGAUGAAAAAAUUUGGCAUCAGUACUUCCACAAUAGAACAAAAGAAUGACAAACGAGAGUAUGAUCGUACUGAUGCUAGCCACCGUAGCUCUCCAGGACUUGCCAGGACUUACGAUGUGACAGGAGCUGCCAAAACUGUUGAUGAUGUAGGACAGUCCAGACCCUUUGAAGCUCCUGUGCCCCCGAGACCCUUUGAAGCUCCUUUGCCCCCGAGACCCUUUGAGGGUCCUAUGCCCCCAAGACCCUUUGAAGGUCCUAUGCCCCCGAGGCCUUUUGAAGCUCCUUUGCCCCCAAGACCCUUUGAGGCUCCUGUGCCCCCUAGGCCUUUUGAAGCUCCUGUGCCCCCGAGGCCCUUUGAGGGUCCUUUACCCCCCUUUGAGGGACCUGUGCCCCCGAGGCCCUUUGAGGGACCUGUGCCCCCGAGGCCCUUUGAGGGACCUGUGCCCCCGAGGCCUUUUGGAGGCCCUGUGCCCCCAAGGCCCUUUAAUCCACCUGGACCUGCUGGAAUGUAUCCUCCUCAUAAUUUCAGACCACCAAUUCCUAAAGCAGAUCCUUAUCGAUUUGAUGUUGGAAAACGUAUGGAUAAUGGAGGAUUCAGGCCGCCACCCCGUAAUCCUUCGGUAAAUGUUGAUGGAUUGACUACUGUAAAGUUGGAUAAUCUGCCAUUCAAAGUCAGCAUGGAAGAAAUUUUAGAUUUUUUUCAUGGUUAUGCCAUAAUACCUGAGACUCUUAGUGUAGAAUCCCAUCAGUCAGGAGCAAGAGCUGUAAUUUCCUUAAGAAAUUAUACAGAAGCUAUUUCAGCUGUUCAGGAAUUGAAUGAAAAACCCAUUGGCUUGCGCAAAAUCCGAGCCAGUUUUUAUUGAGCAAGGAUGUGGAAGUUGAAAUGACUUUAUAUAAAGACUACUUCAGUAGAUAGCAUGAUAAAAACAUUCCUGUUUGUUGCCCUGAAAUGAUUUAAGGAUGUCAUUUUUAUGUUAAAAAUGGUUUACGAAAUGUAAAUGGCUUUUUUUCCUGAAACUGCUUUCAUUUUUGUGUGAUGUGAUACUUUCAUCUUUAAAGAUCAACCUGUGUGCUUUUUGUUUUUAUAUGCUCAGAACAAGAAUAAUGCUGAUCUGUUUGUAGUAUAUAAUUCUGAGUGAUAAACUUUUCUUUGCAGAACACCACAUGUAAGAGUGUUUUUACAGCUGAGCUUUUGGAUUAAAUUUAAGCAAGUUUGGAUGUUUAGUUGUAUGAGAGCCAUAACAUUCUUGCUUUUGACUGUACCUUAAUGUGGAGGUUGAAGAACUUGGUUUACUUGUAAAAAUGGGUUAUCAGACCAAGCUAGCAACUUGCGAUCUGGGAUGAAGAGCUUCAUUUUUGUCGACCACUAGGACUGAAACUGCAGUCUUUCAUCCAGCUCAACGUUGAAGACUUUCCAAAGCUUAAUUAGCCCCUCCCAUUUAUAAUGCUCUGUCAUAUAAUUUCCAAAUCUCUCUUGCUUCUUGUCAGUCACAUAAAAGAAAAAUGUCUCAAAAGUAAAUUUAUAAAGGAUGUGUUUUCUGAAGA